AGCAAAGAACGUUUGUAGGACCAGGAUCACGGUCUUAGAAGAUAACGCCGUGCUAGUAUUUAAUAAUAUUCUGAGUUAUCAAUUUUUUAUAAAUUAUAAUAUAAAAUAUCCAAAUUCCAGUCAAUUGUAUUUUAUAAUUACUGAUUUUUACAUUUUAAAAGUAUUUAUACAAUGCUUCACUAUUUUUAAACUCGUAAUAAAAACUGAAUCUUAAAUAAUUAUUAUUUUAAUAAGUAGUACCUAGAUAUUCUUUAAAUACUAAAAUUAAUUUUAAUAGUUGAACAAUGUCUAUGCCUGUAUUUCCAUCAAAUACACCUCAAGUUCCUCAAGCCAUGCAACAAGUACAACAGCAGCAACAGCAACAACAACAACAACAACAACAGCAACAACAACAACAGCAGCAGCAACAACAACAGCAGCAGCAGCAACAGCAACAACAACAAGAAAAGUUGGACAAUAUAUCAAAAGUGAAAACUCAAGUGAUUCAACUCAAAGAAUCAUUAAGUUGUGUUUUACGUGCAGCUUCGUAUACUCUUCAACAAAAUCAUUACAUAGACACAGGAUUAUUAAAAACAGUAGAAAUUCCCGGUCCCCGAUUUGAGAAAACCAUUGAAGAAUUUUUUUCUAUUUGUGAUCAAAUUGAGUACAAUCUUAAGACUGCCAUUGAGUGUCAACAACAAGGACUAAGCAGUCAACGCUAUAUACCAUUAAUGGUGUAUCCUACAAGAACAGAACCAUUACCAGCUCAGGAGUUAAGUUCACUCACAUAUCCUCAAUAUUUAAGUACAGUUCGAUCACAGAUUUCUUAUUUAAAAGAAAUUCAAGAAUUAUUGUUAUCUGCGACUCAAAAUAAUUCUAAUGAAUAAUAAAGAAAAAAUGUAUAUUUAAACAGCAUAAUGUUAUAAUGUUUAUGUAUAAUAUAUUAUAUAAGAAUUUUUAAUAAUAAUAAAAUAACUAAUAAGUGUUCAUAAAAGAUA